AACAGCUCGAGUGGCGCGAAUAAACCACCAGUAAAAACACGCUGCCACGCGGCUGUUUCUUUACUAAGUUUUACUUAAUUUCUCGGUUUGAAUCGAUGUUUUUAAGAGUUUAAAAGCUCAACAAACAUUUUACGUUUCGGUUCAGUUCGUAAAAAAAAAGGGGGAAGCGACAAUGUCGGACGUUUUGUCCGACGACGGCAGCAGCGAGGUGAACCAGGAUGACAGCCAGGAGGACGUGAUGACCCCGGCGGAGCUCAUCGCCAAGCUGGAAGAAGCUUGGCUGAAUGAAAAGUUUUCCCCGGAGCUGCUGGAGAACAAGUCAGAGGUGGUGGAGUGUGUGAUGGAGCAGCUGACUCACAUGGAAGCCAACCUGCAGCGGGUGACGAAAGGCGACGCGAAGGCCGGCACUCGCAUGGAGAUCGACCGGAUCCGCUUCGUGCUCAGCAGCUACCUGCGCUCCCUCUGCAGAAGUCAGAGAAGUUCUCCCGCACGCCUGGAGAGAGAAAAGCUCGAGGGUGAGGGCGAUCCGUCGCUGCUGUCGCCCGAGGAGUUCGCCUUGCCAAAGAGUGAGUACAGUGAGAUGAGCUCGGAGCUGAAAGCACAGCUGCUGUGUGGGCGGAAGCGCAUGCCCCCCAACCUGCAGACAGUGGACAUGCCAAAGCAGUGCCCGAGCCUGCUUGGAUCCUUUGUGUUCCUGCGGGUGAAGGAGAGGCAGGAGAACAUCUUGGUGGAGCCUGAGACAGAUAGCAGAAGGGAGUAUGUCGUGGAUCUGGAAGAAGGCUCUCAGCAUCUGAUGCGGUAUCGAACUAUAGCUCCACUUGUUUCAAGUGGAGCCGUGCAAUUAAUAGAACACAGAGAUCAGGUCAGAGGAAGAUCAACCUGCAGAGAUCACGUCUGGAAACUCACCUGAUUCUGACUGCUGUCAGGAUCGAGGACUAACGUGUGGCACACACACACACACACACACACACACAC